CUCGAAUUUAGGAUCAAGUGAAGGCUAGGAUUGCAAAGUGUACUCCUACGAUAGCGCAUUGGAUUUUUACGUGACAUCCUGAAAUAUACCUACUAGACUGCUGCAUCCUACCCUGGAGGAAGCAUCCUAUAGUUUUGACGUCACUAACUAGGCGUCCUAGCAUCCUACCCCCGUGUUGACAAUGGUGUUUGUGGUUCGCACCCCGACUAAAUAGUUCCUAUUUUCUAAGUCUGUUUUGUUUCAUAACUAAGAAUAUUACUAACUCGCUUAAAGAAUGUGACUUGAAACAAGAAUGUUGUUAAGAAAAUCGUUGUUUUUGAAUUCUGAAUUAAAUUAGAAUUGAGAGAGAUUCGAGUGAUACGAGAAAUUUGAGCUGUGAAAUUAACCAAAUAGCAAUCGUCCCUUUGUGCAUUUCACUCAAGUACAAACACAUAUACACACACGCACAAACACACAAACAAAAUUAAGUUCGAUAACGCGAGAUUGUGCGGCGUCUUGCACACAUCGACGAUCCGGGAGCCCCAUUGAUCCGCUCCUUGGCCCUACUUAAUGUCAGCCCUGGGAGAUUAAGGUCAUCAAGAGAGAGAUAUAGAGAUCCUCCGGCGGUCCCUAGAGUGUAUAAAUCUAAACUCGGAGUUGAGGAGAGAUCUCCUGAAGGAACGGGAGGAGGAGGUGAGGUGGAGGAAGGAGAGCGGCUGCUGGAAGUCGUUCCAGGGACUCUCCCAGUUCCCGAUGCUAUCGAGGGUCGUUUGUCGGACCCCGGAGGUUGGCUGAUAUCAGCGAAUGAGUGAAUGGUGACAUAUACCGGAGUUUUGUAUGUCAGAGGUUUAUUUUUUAUACAGUUCGUUGGGGCCUCUUCUGGAGGAGUGUGGCAGUGUUUCGUUUUCGUUUAGUUCGUCCUUGAGAGACGCUUCGUUGUUCGUUGGUGUGCAGGGGUAAAGAGAGAGAGUCCAAACAGUUUCGCUCCAAGAUUUGUGAAACGGGCGAAGGACUAGAGGAGGUGGAGAAGAAUGACCGCUCGGGCAAGGAACCGAAGUAGCAGCAGUAGAUAGCACCAGCAGCAGCAGCGAAGUGUCUCGCACGAGUCCCUCUCGAGGUGGUCGCCGUCAGCGUCAGCAGCAGCAGCAGCAGCAGCAAUUCAUGCUAACAGUUAUGGAAAACGUCGUCAGUCCCUCCUCGGUCGCCAACCCCUACUACUGUCUCCUCGCAGACGCCGCCGCCGCCGGUUGCUUCUCGUGUAAUCACCGACAUCGCCGUCGUCACCGUCUCCACCACCACCACCACUCCCACACCAACUUCCGGGCUGCGGAGGAGAGGAGACGCAGCCGCGGAGGCGGCGGCGGCGGCGACGGCGGUGGAGGAGGAGCAGCCAUGCAAUCGCCACCACCACCAACACAGUCAGCACCGCCUUUGCCUCGAGACGUUCCAGCAACGGGAGGGGAUGGGGGCCCUGGAACAGGAGCAGGAGCAGGAGCAGUGUACAUACCUCUCACAUCCAAGGUGCGGCUCUGGCUAAGUAACAGCAGCAGCAGCAGCAGCCUCUGGAACCUACCAACAACCGUGACGUCCUUCAAAGCGCCUGUAAGUAUCCUACUACUACGUCUCCUGCAGACAGUGGUCCUCCUGUCCCUGCUCCCCAACUCGUCCGCCUUCGCCUCGUCGUCCUUCAUCACGCAGCGCCUCACGUCCUACGAGCAGUGGACGCACGAGGCGUGGCUGGAGGAGACCGGGGCCUUCGUCGUGCAGUGGACGCCCAAGGAGGAACACAUAGAGUUCCGGGUGACGGCGAGAACCACUGGAUACAUCGGGUUCGGCCUCUCGUCCAGUCCCAGGAUGGAUGGCGCCGAUAUUGUCGUCGGGUGGGUCCACUCGGGGAAGGCUUACCUGCAAGACCGUCACGGCAAAGGUAACGAAGAGCCCUCAGUGGACGAACAACGGGACUGGAUGCUGGUGGGGGGUUACGAAAACGACACCCACACCGUUCUGAUUAUGUCUCGGCCCUACAACACCUGCGACAAGCAAGACCACAUCAUAUCGAACGACACAGUGCGACUGCUGUGGGCGUACCACCCGGACGACCCCGUCGACCCAGAAAGCCCCAGACCACGCCUCCACUACCACGGGGGCAGCAGAAGGGGCGCCCGCUCCAUGUUCCUGCUGGAGAGGGGUCACAAGCUCCCGCCGGGUAACCAGUACCCCCAGGGGGGCGCCGCUCCCCACGAACCCUCAUCCUCUUCGCCCUCGUCCUCGGCCUCGUUUUCCCACCACGCGGGGCACCGCCACCACCCGCAGAGGACACACCACCACCGGCCUCCCACGCCCACAAAGCCGUGGCUGCUCAUCAACAACGGCGUGGAAGUGGGAGAGAAGAACGACACCGUCUACUGGUGCAAGAUCUUCAAGAGGCCGCCUCUGCGAGAGAAGAAUCACGUCAUUAGCUACGAGCCAGUGUUCAAUCCGGAGGGCAACGAGCGUUACCUCCACCACAUGAUCGUGUACGAGUGUACGGACCUCAGUCCAGAGCUGGAAGUGGCCUUUGAGGAGCUGUCGGAGAGGCCAGGUCACGAGUGCUACCUACAGAACAUGACUCAGCUCAUUUAUACCUGUAAUCAUGUGGUGGUUGCGUGGGCCGUUGGAUCUGAGGGCCUCACCCUACCCUCGGAGGCUGGAUACCCACUGACCCCGAACGGUCCCAAGUACUACAUGAUGGAGGCCCACUACGAUAAUCCGGAGGAACACAAUUUCACCGAUUACUCAGGGAUUCGUAUCAUCUACACACCUGAGCUUCGAUUCUACGACGCUGGAGUCUUGAGCAUCGGUCUAGAUCCCAACUGGAAGCACCAGAUUCCUCCUCGGCAGAGGACCGUUCUGUCAGAGGGCCACUGCGUUGGAGAAUGCACGGAAGCCGCCCUGCCCCCGACAGGCAUCAACGUCUUUGCGGUCAUUUUACACACUCAUCUGCUGGGAAGAAAGGUUCGCGUCCGACACAUAAGAGAUGGUCGGGAGCUGGAGCCCAUCGCCCAGGAUAAUAAUUACGACUUCAAUUACCAGGAAUACAGAGCCCUUAGCAGUCCCAGAACUGUAUUGCCGGGUGACCAUCUGAUUGGAGAAUGCACCUACAACAGUAGGGAAAGGACAACAAUCACUCUAGGAGGCUUUAAAACAAGGGAUGAGAUGUGCCUGUCUUAUCUCUUCUACUGGCCCAAAGUCGACCUAUCUUUCUGCCAUUCAAAGCCUUCUUUGAACACUGUGCUUCAUGCCCUUGGCAUUCAAGAGCUUUGGCCGAAUUCAAAUCCCAUCAAGAUCCGACAACCAAUUGAAUUGGCUGGGAGAACCUUGGAGUGGCGUUUGUUGAACUAUGAUUGGAAGAAUCAUUUUGAAUAUUUCCAAGAUGCCACGCACACAGGUACCUUCAACCCCAUGUGCUGGAGAAGAGGAGAGAGUUUAAUUCCUGAUGUUGAAAAGCUCGACUAUGAAUACCCAAAUAUUACAGAGCCUUGGGUAGCUGAGAAUGUUUGUCGAAAACGGCGAAGGAAGAACCGGAGAAGGAAGAAUAAGACUGCUCGUGGAAGGAACCACCACCUCGUCGGGCAUGGUGCCGAGGGAGAGGAACUGGAGGAGGAAGACGGAGACACUGAAGAGGAGGUCAUGUUUGAUGACCAGAUGAAUUCUAAACCAAUAGAAACAAUAGAUGUUGACCAUUACAAUCACAGAGACAUUUUCAUGCCUGUUAUGGAAGAGCACCUGGAAACUGGCAUCAUUGACAUCUACGGUGUAGACACUGGUCACUCAGCGGCCCCUGACCGCGAGCUUCAGAAGGAGUUCCAGGAUAUGGAGAGAGACCUCGAAGAGGAAAUGCACAAGAAGUUCCCAGACACCUUCCAAGAACGGACGGGUCACCCGAACAAAAACGAAUUGGGGAGCAGUGCCCCAGCAAACACAGUUUCAUUGCUGGCAGUGGUGUCUGUGCUGGCCCUUUCUUUCCUGACGAUACUCUAUGAUGGACACGGCUGAAGAAAAGUCUGUUGGCCAAAAAUAUACACGUAAGAAAAGAGCUUUAGCACUGGAACAAAUGAGUCAGUUGUGAUUGGAAAGCAUUUGAAAAAAGUUAUGAAGGUAAAGUGACAUGUGCUGUGAAAUCCUUGCUUAACAGAACAAACAAAAUAAAUAGCCUGUUCCCCUUCCUGUUUAAAUAGAUUUUAUUACAGUAAUUUUCUGUAUACAGAAAAAGGACAGUGCGAACUGCCUUAAGGAGCAAUGGACUCUCUAUGUUGUAUGUUGUGGAGGAUUUCCGUGUUUUGGGGUUGUUGGUGGUUAUCUAAAGUCACAGAAAAACUUCACCCAAUUGGAUAAAAUAAAAUGCACCAUUAAUCAUGGGAAGUCGCGGUGUGUAUAUUGUAUGCACAACCUUUCCUGGAAAGGUUCGUUUCAAGGUUAUGUGGGAGAGAGAGACUGGUGGAAAGUUGAGAAGAAGCGCAGAAUCCCAAAAUUCAUCACAAGAGCAAAAAACUCUUCAUACACCAACGGUCCUUACUGUCAGUAGUAGCUCCUGAUCUGCUAUAUAUUACAGUGCCUGAUUUUGUACAUUUCGCUUUCAUGUGUUUUGAGAGUAUUUCAUACUUAGGGUAUGAAAAGUGAUGUUAUUUAUAUAGAUUGAGAAGAAUGUCGCACUCGUGUUUAAUAAAAAAAAAAUAAAAUAAAAAACUUAAUACAAAAUGAAGUUGGUGGCCAGCUAUAUAAGUAAUUGGCAAGUUUCAUUACACAAAUUCAGUAAUAAAUAAAUAAUGUUCACAUCGAGGUUUUUCAUAUGGCCGUUACAGCAAUUGCAUAAUAGGCAGUUUUUAUCCCACAAUAAUUUUUUUAUUUUGAUUUAAUUUUUGGAAUGAGUCGACGUUAUCUCUCAAGAGUAGUUUUCGCGAACUGUAAUUUUUGGAUCUACAUAUACAUAUAUAUUUUUGAGCGAGUUUGAAUAUUUUAGUCAUCAUGAUGUAAAUAGAGAGCAAAUGGACAUUUUACAUUUUUCAUUAUGCACUUACAUGAUUUUUUUUUGUGUGUGUUAGAGCACAGUCUAUCGAAAGUUUGCAAAAAGACUAUGAAAGAUUGUGAAAGUUCUGUUCUGAAGGGAACACCCGUCAGGAAAGGCUACACAAAUAUAACAAAAAUAAGAAAAAAAAAUUAUUUGGGAUGCGACUGCUUAAGUUCUGACCAAACUACAUUAUAUAUAGAAAAGUCUGGUAAACUUUCAAUGAGAGAGUGGUAAACUUUUCAACUUUAUGGCCGCUUUACUGAAUAUCCUAAUAACCCAGUGAUAUAGAGAAAUACUAAUCAAACCUUAAUGACUAUAGAAGAUUUAUAGAAAAAAUUAUCUUGAAUCUAUAAGUGCUUCACACAGAGGAUGUUUUGUCCUUACGAAGUACACUACUCUCAUAGUCUCUUUCCACCUCUCCUUUUCUCUCCUUGUCAAUCUCUGUCUGUCUGUCUCUCUCUCUGUUUUUUCUCCUUCAUCUCUCCUGUGCUCUGAAGCAAUAGGGUCGUAAAGGUGACCAAACACUACAGUAGUGAGCAUAUGUCAUGUCAGGCUGGUACAUCAUUUAACUUCGAGAGUGGUUAUUCUAGUUAGCUAUCUCCUGUAACCGUAGUUAACUAGUCCAAUCCAAAAUCCGUGGCUUUGGCUUCUUAAAUAAUUAAUAUCUGCAAGGGAAAAAUUUUAUAGUCAUACAUGCUGGUGAACUUUGCAAUAAAGAGAAAAAUAAAAAAAAAAUAAUCUAAAGGCCUUAGACUAAAAAAAAAACUGCUGUUUUCAAAAGCUGUUAGUUGUGUACAUUGCUGGUCUCCACGGACUUUCGGAUUGCACUACCUCUCAAGCUCUCUUGUCUCUGAAGAAAUAGUGUGUGCCCAGAUGGGUCAGUGUGCCCAGAAUGGGUCAACGUGCCUCUAUCCUUUUAAAGCAUAAGAAGUGGAGCUUCCAGUGAAUUUAAAUAAAGCACUAAUGUAAUAAAAAAACAAGAAAUUAUACAUAAAACCCCCUCCCCCCAUUAUAACCACCUUUUAAAAAAUUGUUUUUUUUUCCUGAUUCUGAACUGAAAACACAUUAUAAGUUCUCUGUGAUUGUAGUAGUUGUCGCCAUGGAUUCCUAAAGCGUCCUAAACACAUUUUUAAUGUCCCUGUUCUAAUCUUAUUUCAAGUGAAAAAAGUAUUUUGCCUUGAAUUUCUGAAACCCUAAAGAUUGGACAUUUUAGGGAAAAUGUGGGUUUUUGGGGUAAUUAAGUUUAAGGCUUCAUUAUUCCUAUCUCCUUUGUUCAUGUUUAUUAAACCUGAUGUAUUUUACGUUUUUACAGAUGUAUUUACGUACUGAAUUUAUUACCAUUUUGAUCAAGAUGCAAUGCCUCUAGAUAACUGAAUUUUAAAACUGCAAUACACUGACGAAAUAUAUUUACAUAUAUUUUUUGACAUGUUUGUUCAGCCUUCGAUUAUUUUAAUAUCGCUUAUCGCGUACUAAAUGGAUUUUAUGAAGUGUAAAGCAGCGUGUGUGUUUUUUAUAGAUUUUACUUCACCUAUCACACAAUGAUUCAGGUCAUUUACCCCCCAGGUUAAGCGGAUAAAAGCAACUGAACCCCCAUCAAACAAACACUGAAGACUUGACCACUAAAACCUUCGGCUGGAUUGUGAACCUUAUUGACAGUUAAGAUCCUAAUCGACUUGUGGACUUUUUCCAGUCUAUCAUAUAUUUUUAGAUGCUUUCAAGUCUCCCCCCCCCUUAUUUUAUUCUAUUGUUCUACUGUAUAUAUGUUCAACUAUCUCAGUAUAAUCUAAGACAUUACAUAAAUAUUGUGAUCCCUUAGGAAAAAAAAUGCCGUUUACAAGUUUACAAAUAGUUUGCUUUUUUAUAUACCAAUAUGUUCCUAAUUUUUGUGUUACAGUACUGUAUAUUGUGAUGCUAUAUAGAAUGUUUUAGUGGGCGCUGGCAAACCCUUGCAGAGCCAUCAGUGCUUUUUAAGUGAAUUAAUACGAUUGGAUGUUAAUACACGAAUUUUGUUCCUAUCAAGAGUGAAAGCAACAUCUCUCACGUAACUUCGUCCAUAUGCAUAUUCGCUGGGUUUGUUAUGUCCAAUAUAAGUAAAAAAAUGUAUUGUUGGUUUUCCCAGUCAUUAUUUUUCUCCACAAAUCUGAUAACAAGAAAUUGUGAUCGAUUGGAAUGAAGCCAUUGAGAAAUCGGAAGAAUGGGGCCCCUAAGAGUCUGUAGAUUUGCUUUUCUGUAUGACUUGUUCAUAUAUAUAUAUAUAUAUAGUUUCUGAGACAUGGCGAAAGAAUAAAAGUGAAGUGUGUCAUGUCGAUUUCCGUGUUUGACCAAAAGCUAUUGAACUAAAAUAUGUAUAACCAAUGUGUAUUUUAUAUCCGUGAAUGUAAAUUUGUAUAGCAUGUAAAUAGUAAUCAUUAAUACUAAUAUUGUAUUUUUUCAAA